GGAUUUUUAGCGGUCGCCAGUCUGACUUCAAGCUUGGAAAGCCAUUAAUCAAUCAGAAGUUGGGAAGCAAAAAUUUAGUUAGUGGGAUGAAAAAUAUAAAAUUACCGUAGAAAAAUUUCCAAUCUGGGAAAACGAGUGAUCUUUGUAGCCCAAUACACGAAUAGAGGACUCAACUUCUGAGGAGCGACUUAGCACAAUAAUACAGAAACUUGUAUUACAUAAAGGACACAGUUGUACUUAAGAUGGCUGACCUCGAUCUGGUUGAUGCACUACAUGAAAGUACACCCAGUGUUGAAUUGGAAGUUAAAAGAGAUUUCCUUUCUUCUCUGGAGGCAGAGAAAUAUGAUGAUGUUGUUGGAGAAAGCGUGACAAAAGAAAGUUAUGUUCCAUUGCUGGAUGAUGAGACAAAAUUGUCCCCUUCAGAGGCUGAAGGGAAAGCAGUGGGAAAUUUGUGUAGCGACACUGUACCCGAACGAGAAGCUGGCGGACAAUUGGCAGAACGUUCUGCAGCAAGUGAGCAAGGACCAGGUGAGCUGCCCAAUGGGGAACAUGGUGAAACAGGUAGCACAGAAAUGCACAAUGUUCCAGUUGGUGACGAGCUGUUGCAUUUUGGUAAUAAAUGUCAUGAUGAAGAGGAGGUGGCAAUGAAUUUGAUGUCACAGUCAGCACAGAUGAGCACAGAAUCUCCCUUCAGACUUUCUGGUACUAUAGAAGAACAUGGUGCAGAGGAGUUAUUGAACUUUGAACCUGUGCAGUCUCCUGCACACGAAAUUAAAGGCUCAGCAACAUCUUGUGCAGAGCUAAUACUUCCAAACUCUCUGACUGAGGUUACAGAAGAACCAACAUUUGAAGAAAAGGGAAACCAAGAAUCAGUUCAACUUUCCAUUGAGGAAAUAGCUUCUCAGGAAGAAGAACUUCUUGAUUCUACUCUUAAAACCAGAGUUACAGAACUUGAAGGAAAUCUGGUUGCAGAAGUAAGGCCAUUGGAAGAAGACCUAGAAAAGACUGAAUUGCCAAUGAUGCCAACUCUGACGUCCAUGGAAUCGGCACAGACAGUAGAAGAAGAAUUGGGUGUACCAUUCACCAGCCUGACUCAAGUUGAAACAUCUUUCCACCCUGUAGACUGCAGUGACCCAUCUUUGAGCAGUGCUGUCAUAAUGGAUGAUCACUUAGUUUCAAAUGUGAUGAAGACAGAGGUCACAGUUAAUGCUGAACUGCAAGCACCAAUAAACAACUCGCUGCAACAGGAGAACUUGGGCCAUGGCACUGAAGCUUCUGUGUUCACAGAACCAUUGCCACCCUCCUCCAGAAAUACUGGCUUUGCGAUGGACACUAUGGUACUUACCAGCAACACCACGAGCACUGUUGCCCCAGUUACAGAAGUUUUACCUUUGAAACGUGCCCCUGAGAAAGAUAAACUUGUAAAUGAAGUAAGAGAAAUCGCACAAGCUAAAGAACCCCAAGUAGCAAAAGUACCUGUGGAGAAGAAAAAGAAAAAGAAAAAGCGUUCGCAUCCAAAGGCAUCUCAACCUGUAGUAGAUGUUCCUCCUAAAGCUAAAGAUGUACAUAAAAUUAUUUCUGAUCAGCGGCUAGCAGAGCUGUCUGCUGGAGUGAUACAAGAACAUAAAGAAAUUGUUUCAAACACUCAGAGAUCAUUUAAAGAAGUAACAGGAAUGAAGGAAAAAGCAAAACAGGUAGAUAAUACAUCAAGCCAAGGCAGUGCUUGGGCAACAGGAAGUGCAGGGGAUAAAAUGGCAACUGCUCCGAUGCAAAAUAUUAAAGCUGCUUCAGAGGGUUAUAAAACAGCUAUGGUAGGGAGCCAGAGAGGAGAGUUAACACUUCCAGAGAGUUCAUCACAGGUAGAAUCAAUUUCUGAAGUGGAAUUGACUGAGCACCCUUUGGAUUCCUGGAACAGGGAGGUGACUUCCCCUGAAUCUCUCCAAGCAGGUGAGGUCGAAAAAGUAAUACAGCCACCUUUAGAACAGUGGAGUGGUGAAAAUGCUUCUUGCAAAUCACAGAAAGAGUCUCAGGAAAGCAAGUUAGCAAUGCCUUCUCUGGAACUUAGGGACAGAGAUAAUGCUCCCUCUGAAUCAAUGGAAAUGCCUGAAAUUAAGGAGAUUGAAGGAUCUUAUCUUGAACAUGUGGAUCAAACAACUAUUCACUCAGGAUCAAAGCAGACACCGAAAGUGGAAGAAAUAGUAGAGACACCUCUAGAGAAUAGUAGGGAAAUUACUGCUCCUGUGUCACAGGAAUCCUCUAAAGUGGGAGAAGUACAGACCCUACUGAAACUUGGAGGUGAAGAAAAUGCUUCCCCUAAGAUGGAUCUGUCAUCUGAGGUAAUAGAAAUGGCAGAGCCCCUAACUGAGAAUCUAGGUAGAGAAAUGUCUUCCUUUGAGUGGAAGGAAGUACCUGAGAUAAGCACUUGUGUAGAACAUGUUGCUAGUCAAAAUAUUCCUACUCACUCAGAGCACCUGCCUGCAGAGGGGAUGGUAGAGAACUCUCAACUUGUUAGUAAAAGAGCUGCUCCCCCUGAAAUGAACAAGGAAGUAGAGAUCCGUCUAGAUCAUAUGAGUAAAGAAAUGGAUAGUCUUAAUUCUCAACAAAUGCCUUUGGUAAAGGAGAUAGCAGAGAUGCUUAUAGACGACGUAGAUAUUCCUCUUGAAUCAAAUAAAUUGUCCGAGGUGAAGGAGGUGAUUGGGCAUUCUUUGGAGCAAGUUGGUAGACAAUCUAUUCCCCAACACUCAGAGGAGACAUCAGGAGUGACAAAGUUAGCAGAAAGCCCUUUGACCUGUAUGUAUGUAGAGGCGGGUGUCCUUGAACCAGAGCAAGUAUCAGAGUUGAAGGAGAUAGUAGAGAGUUCUCAACAACAUCUGAGUGAAGAAUUGGGCUCCCUUGAGUUAAUGCAAACAAAGGAGGUGAAGGAGAUGGUGGAACCCUCUCUGACAAGAGAAUCAGUUGUCGUUGAGUCACAGCAUUCAUCAGAGGUAAUGGGCGUGAUAGCGACCCCUCUUGAACAUGCAAAUACCGAAGUGACUCCCCUUGAUUUACAGCACACUGCUGAAGGGACAUGGGUAGUGAAUGCUUCUUCAGAGCAUCGUGGUACUGAACUUACAUCCACUGAAUCGCAACAGAAAUCUGAGAUAAAAGAGCAUGAGAGUCCUCCGCAAUGCUGGGAUAGUGAAUCUGCUUCCCCUGAAUUGCAGCAAAGUUCUGAGAUUAAUGAGAUGCCAGAGAGUCCUCUAGAGUGUCAUACUGAAGUCAAACUCUCUGAGUGCACUGACCAAGUUGCAUCCCUAUCACUGAAGCAGGAAGCAUCAAAAGCACCAGAUAAUAAUGAGGGGAAAAGUCCAAAGUCACCAUUGAAAAAAGGAGGUGCAAAACUCCUCCAAAAGCAAGGGUUCAUGAAAGGUAUUUCACAGAAGGAAACUGGUGCAAGAGUGUCUCCUGAACAGCACAGGGCCUUGAAGACCUCAAUGCAGCCAAAAGUUACAAAGGUUUUGAACCAACGACGAGGAGAUAAUGUGCCUGUAGAACCAAAGGACUCUGGAGAUGUUAAUGCACAGUCUAACCAGGGGCAUCUGGAUGAAGGAACUCGUCAAGAUGAAGCCAAACCAGAGGAAACAACAGCAGAGAAUGUGACCAAAAAAGAGACAGCUGCAGUCUCCAAAGAGCACCCAGUAACCCCUGAUGCAAAAGGAAAGGUGGGCACACUGACUACAAAGAUCUCACCAACCAAAACUAAACCACAGCCAUCAGCUUCCCUUAAGCGACCUGCGGCAGCUGUUCCAAGCCCCAAUAAAAAAAUCAGUACAACCACUAUGACGACAGCUACCACUUCCAAGAGACUUCCUUCUAGUCCGGUGCGGUCUUUUUCUGCGACCACCAAAGAUGUGAAACCAAAGGCAACUGAGUCAAAGAGUCCAACAAAGCCUUCAUCUAGACCACCAUCUGCAGGUGUGACAAAAACACCCAGUAACAUUACUGUUAAGAGCAGUACAACAUCAGUACAAAAGGUAGCAGCUACUGCUGGGUCAACUCCAAGAAAUACCACAGCCUCUACCCCUAGAAGACCAACAUCUAUCAAAACUGAACCAAAAUCUACAGAAGUUAGGAAGCCCCUGUCUGCAAAGUCUCCCUUGGGUGAGACGGGUCGCCCAAAGACUACUUCUACAGCCUCUAUGAAGAGUGCUGGCACUACCCCAAGUACGCCAAGCACACCUCUUGGUGUGAGUAGUCCUGGAACACCAUCAUCUAACACUUCUCGGGCACCCAGAACACUGGCUCUGAAGACAACAGCUGCUUCUGAGGCAAAAAGAGUGACACCCAUUUCCCGUACAGCUUCAAAACCCACUGUAGCAGCAGGUCCAAAGCAACCACGACCAACUAGUGCCCCAGCUCCAGACCUAAAAAAUGUUAAAUCAAAAAUCGGAUCCACAGAUAAUAUCAAACACCAACCUGGAGGAGGAAAAGCUAAAUCAGUAGAGAAAAAACCCGAUCCAGUAAGAUUGAACCGAAAAGUUGAACCCAGCACUGUGACUCGAGUAGCUAAAACCACAGCUACGAAAGAUAGCCAAAAACAAACCAAUGGCAAAGUUCAGAUUGUGAACAAAAAAGUUGAUUACAGUCAUGUGCAGUCCAAGUGUGGUUCCAAGGAUAACAUUAAGCAUGUUCCUGGCGGUGGCAAUGUACAAAUUCCAAAAGCAAAAGUUGAUGUGAGCCGUGUCUCAUCAAAGUGUGGAUCCAAGACCAAUCUGAAACAUAAAGCAGGUGGUGGGGAUGUGAAGAUUGAGACCAGCAAGACCAAUUUCAAGAACAAAGCUGAAUCAAAAAUUGGGUCCUUGGACAACCUAAACCAUACCCCAGGAGGUGGCAAUGUGAAGAAUGAGGGUGAAGAAGAAUCAGAAACAGCAACAAUCAGUCAGACUCCAGAAAAUAGGGAUCUGACAGGAGAAGCUGAGAGUGAGACACAGCAAAAUGGAGUAGGGGUGGACCCAGCUGCCGGGUCUGACGAAACUCUCAACCAAGAGUUACAAAUACAAGAGACAUAUUGAGUCUCAUAAACUGAAGUUCCGUGAGAACGCCAAGGCCAGGACAGACCACGGAGCAGACAUUGUGUACAAAUCCCCAGUUUCAGACAACACCUCUCCUCUCUGCAGCACAUCACUGACUGAAAGCCUCAGCUCCCU